AACAGAACGAGCAGAUUCGUCAAUGUGGAAUGGCACAUCGGGAGACUACAUUGAUGUAAUGCAGCUGAACAUUUACUUCCAGAUGCAGUGAUGAAGGGAGCAGGGACUGUGGACUACGAACUAGUCCCACCCGACGGAGGGUGGGGCUGGAUAAUAGUGUUAGCGGCCGCGAUCGGCAACAUGACGGGCCAGUCCCACGUAUCCACAUUCAGCCUGCUGUUUGGAGACAAGCUGCUGUCGCUGGGCCUGAACACGACCAGUGCUGCCGUCAUCUUGAACUCUAUGAUGGCUGUCAUGGAGUUCUCUGGCAUUGUCACGGGGCCACUGCUGAAGACAUUCAGUAUACGCCAAGUGGCUUUAAGCGGAGGCUGUCUUGUAGUGGCGGGGCUCGUUCUCACCAGCAUCGCCAAUUCUUUCAUCCAGUUCAUUAUCACCUACAGCAUCCUCUUGGGUCUUGGCAGUGGUCUGUUCGCGCCCUCUGCCUUCUUAGCAGUCAAAACGUACUUCCUGAAGGCACGAGGGCGCGCCGUCGGCAUAUCUACAGCGGGUAUCAACCUGGGCCAGAUGGCGAUGCCACACCUGGUGCGUUUGCUGCUGGAGAACUACGGCUUCAGCGGCGCCAUGCUGGUCCUGGGAGGCGUAGCCAUGCACCUUCCUGCCGGCAGCCUCCUCUUCCACCCGCUGGAGUGGCACGCCGAGCGCCGACCAGUUGCCAGCGAGCUGAAGCCGCUGAAAGGGGAGCCAGGCGGGGCCACGAGUGGCGCUGCUGCAGAUGUAGAGUCGGCCAAGGUUCAGCGACCGUGGCGUGACACGUCCGUGGCGUCGUUAGCUGCCUCAGAGCUGGGCGACAUGAGCACAGCCAUGUCUGUCGAUCUCAGCAAGCGUCUGCCUCCAACUAGCAAAGAGCACUCAAGCCUAGUCCAGCACAAGCCGCAGCCUGUGUGGCGUCGGGUGAUCACCUUCAUGGACCUGGACCUGCUCCGGAAUUGGGUGUUCCCGAACAUGAUGUUCGGCACGGGGUGCAUGUUCACGGUGGCCGUCAACUUCUCGCUGCUGAUGCCCAUGUACUUGCAACGCCGCCUACACCUCUCCCUGUCCGACACGGCGCUCUGCCUCACCAUGAUGGCCGCCGGCGACGUCGUGGCCAGGCUCACAGUGCCUUCCAUCACGGACUGCCUCAAGGUCAGCGCACGCCUAUCUUUCUUCGUCGCUGCCGUCCUCUGUGGAAUCACUUGCUCAGUGAUCGCCACGUCCUCUAGUAUGGUGGCUCUGUGCGUGUGGAACGCCCUGUCCGGAGUCUCUCGAGGUAUCGGUUUCGCCAAUAUAAACCUGUGCGUGGCCGAGGUGUGCCAAGAGCACAAGCUGCCGGCCGCCGUCGGCUUUAACAUGGUCUCCUGCGGUAUCCUGCUGUUCACUGUCGGACCUGCUAUAGGUUACGUCCGUGACGAGACGGGAGACUACCCACUCUGUAUUCACCUCCUGACGUUGUUGUUGCUCGUUGCCAUGGCGUUCUGGCUCGUAGAGGGCAUCGUGCAAUGGUGCCGCCGAAAGAGAUGAUCCCAGACUUCAGUUAGCGAUGAAGAAAAACCAGACGGAGAACGAUAGUGUCUCUCUUUACAUCUGAAGAGGAAUGUUAUAUAUGAACUAUUAUCGCACAUUUGUCAGCAUCUCUGUGAUACCUUGGAGUGAAGCGAAUUUACAAAUUGUGUGUUAAUUUAGCGUAUGUUAAUUUGACUUGUGCUAAAUUUAAUCGUAUUAUCCAACGCCAUGUCUGUAUAGCUACUGACCGAGACUGAAAAUACCAGUUUCGCAGUAUGUACGAUGGAACAUAAAGUAUGAGACUAUCUGGUAAAGUGAACACGUACAUAACGAAUCCUUGUUUAGUUUUCGAAGUCUUGUGACCCCGUAAAACCUGUAAGUGGAGCUCAUAUCCAGAUCAGUCUCUUUCA